UAAUUGGAUGUUAGGACAGGGUUUCAAAGAGUUUGGGACGGUGUUAGUGUUACAUGGCCAGCUACGCCACCCUAACCUCGUCAAUCUCAUCGGAUAUUGUACUGACGAACACGAGAUGAUCCUAGUUUAUGAGUUCAUAUUAGGUGGAUCCCUCGACAGACGCCUCCUCCACCAGUACCAACAUGAUCCCCUCCCGUGGAAACGAAGACUACAGAUUUGCAUUGGAGUGGCGCGUGGACUGCACUACCUUCACACUGGAGUUAAGCAUACUAUAAUCUAUCGCGACGUGAAGUUGACAAACAUUUUGUUGGGUGAGAACUGGGAGGCCAAGCUGGCAGAUUUCGGCUUGUGCAAGAAGGGUCCCCCGAGUUUGUCAAAGGCUUUAAUUAGGAUUGAUUCUGUAGUGAAGGGUACUGUUGGAUACCUGGAUCCCGCUUAUCUUCGAACGAGUCAGCUGACCGAUAAAACUGACGUCUACUGUUUCGGUGUGGUACUGUUUGAAGUGCUCUGUGCGAGAAGAUCAGUGGACAUGGAAUCAGAGAGGGAACAGAGUAUGGCCGUCUGGGCUCCAGCAUGCGUAGAAGAUGGGACCAUAAAUCAGAUUAUUGAUCCCUAUCUGAUAGGGAAGAUAGCUCCGGAGUGUUUCAAGAUAUACGUGGACAUUGCCACUUCUUGCCUGCGAGAAGACAAUUUGGAACGUCCUGCGAUUGGUGAAGUGGAGAUAGGCCUUGAGCACGCAUUGGAGCUGCAAGAGUAUGCAGAUGCUGCGAUGAGGAAAGAUGAUGUGGGUUCUGGUAGUGACCAAUGAUUCAAUAUACCUAUCCCAUUGUUAAAUUAAAUAUACCUGUAAGUGCUUCUAUGAGGAAUCAGCCAACUUGUUCUUGGGCACCGCCAUGCCAAACGGCUUAAUGAACAUACAAUUAUCAAAUUCACAUUUGGAUUGGGGUCUUCUCCACUUCAAAGUCUAUUUCAAGGUUUGGUGUAACCAAGUGGGUGAGAAUGGAGUGUUUGUUAGUGAUAUUGCUGCCACAGCUGGUGUGGAGGUCUUCUUUUGGGUUUGGGAAAUUGGUCUGAUUUUAGUUUUGUUAGAAAUUUAUGUUCAAUGGUAGUUGAAUAAAGUUUUCACGGUAAUGGAUGCUACACAGUAUU